AUGAAUCUCCUCGCUUCUCCGCGACUUGCGGGCCGGUUUGCGGACCUGUCAGGUCUAUCAUGUACAAACCUCCGCGUAUCAUCUUUCAAUCUCCCCCGACAAUCCCUCUGCCGAACACUCUCCUCCGACGUCACCGGCUCCCGCACAUCCACCAGAUGCUUCGGCAGCAGCGGUAGCAACAACCAACCCAACACCACCCCCACCGAAACCCCUCCUACUCCCUCCCUCCCCGACCAAGUCCGCCUCCUCAUGCGCCGCGUCCCCUACCCCGUCGCCAUCAUCACCUCCACCGACCCCUCCGAGUCCAACAACCCCCCGCGCGCCUUCCGCGGCAUGACCGUCUCCUCCUUCAACACCGUCACGCUACGCCCAGACCCCAUCAUCUCGUUCAACGUCCGUCGCCCCUCGGAGACGCUCACCGCGCUCCAAUCCUCCGGCCGCUUCCUGGUCCACCUACUCGCGGCCGACCAGGCGCCCGCGUCCCUGGCGCGGGACUUCUCGCGCGGAAACCACAACCUAUCGAUCGUUAGCGGGGAAAGCGACUUUGAAUUCGUCCCGCAUAUACCUACCCUAUCUACAUCAGAGUCUACAUCGACAUCUACGGACGGGGCCGGACCCUCGAGUACAGAAACCAGCAACCCUCGUCCGUCCCCCUCACCGCUACCCCUACCGUUACUCCGACGGAAACCGAACCCCGAAACCAAGGAGAGUGACUCGGCACCCGCCCCCUUCCCCUUCGUCUUCGAGUGUCUGCUUCACCCCCAGAACGUCACCGUGGGGGAUCAUACCAUUGUCGUGGGGAAGGUCAUCCGCGCGCUAUCCCCGGACAGUCAUCAUGGUGGCACGAACGCGGAGACGAACAUGUCGUUCUCAGCGGACGAGUUGUGUUUGACGUAUGCUAAUACGCAUUUUUGGAAGAUGGGGACGGAGAUUUGA